CCGAUUGCUUCGCGCGGGUAUCUUCAGUUGCUGAUUUUUCUCUCUCAAAAAACUCCGCAGUCACUUUCAUUUUCCAUAAUAUCACAUAUUUCUCGCUUCAUUUUACUCAGCUUCGACAGCCCCAAACAGGAAAAGAAUUCUAAGUAAUUCACCUUCGGAGAAUACAUGGGAAAUGAUAAAGAGGAAACAUGACAGGAAUUCAAAACUCAUAGCAUAUCAUCAGUUACCUCUUCUUCUUUCAGAAGCUCCUGUUUUGACCGGCGAUGGGAAAAAAAGGGAGCGGAUGGUUCUCGACGGUGAAGAAAGUGUUCAAAUCAUCUUCAAAGGAUUUGCAUGACAAGAAGAGAGAUAAUAAUGUAGAGAAGUGGCCAAAGGAGGCCCCGGAAGUAGUGUCGUUUGAACAUUUUCCGUCGGAGAGUUCACCGGACAUCACUAAUGAUGAGACUGCAACACCGACUCCUCUGAACGAUGAUAGGAACAAUGCCAUUGCCGUCGCCAUGGCAACCGCUGCUGCUGCAGAAGCUGCUGUUGCAGCAGCUCAAGCUGCUGCUAAAGUUGUCCGGUUGGCGGGCUAUGGACGCCAGUCUAAGGAAGAAAGAGCUGCAACACUCAUACAGUCGUAUUACAGAGGCUACCUGGCUCGGAGAGCAUUGCGUGCUUUGAAGGGACUAGUCAGGCUGCAGGCACUAGUUAGAGGCUAUAACGUGCGCAAGCAAGCACAAAUGACAAUGAAGUGCAUGCAAGCAUUAGUACGGGUGCAGGCAAGAGUUCGAGCUCGUAGGCUGCGGCUAACUGAUGUUGAACAGAUGCAAAAGAGAUUGGAUGAAGACGAUGAAGAAAAAAUACGAAUGGAAGAUGUAGAAAGAAAGCCGAAGACCCCAUCGAAGAAAUAUGACCAUUGGGACGGUGGACAGCAAAGCUCGGAGAAAAUCAUCGAAAGUGCUUCAAAGAAACAUGAUGCUGUAAUGAGACGAGAAAGGGCCCUUGCUUAUGCUUAUAACUAUCAGCAGCAGCAGCAACAACUUCCCUUGCAACCGGUCCCCAAUGGCAAGGAUGUUGGUCACUAUCUCAAUGAUCGUGAGAAGGCACAAUGGGGUUGGAAUUGGCUCGAGCAUUGGAUGUCAUCGCAACCGUAUCACGAACGUCAAUUUGGUCUUCAAGAGGGUUCUUACACGACACUACCAACCAACACUGCGACCACAACCGUUACCGAUGACAUGUCUGAGAAAACCGUUGAAAUGGACGUGGUGACGGCAAUGGAUUCAGGCUCGUACUCAACUCAGCAGCAGGUGCAAUCAGGGUCCAGUAAUGUACCAAGCUAUAUGGCCCCAACCCAAUCUGCCAAAGCCAAGGUACGAAGUCAAGGGCCAGUGAAGCAGCAACGUGGACCAUAUGUACCCCAAUGGAACCCAUCAACAAAGAAAUCCCCAGGUUGUGAUUCAUCAAGUUCAGGUGGAGGGACAACAGUCUACCAGCCCCCAAGGAGUCCUGGUCAAAAGAGUAACGGUGCUCGUGUACCCUCUCGACGUAUCAGUGGCUGUAGCCCGGAUGCUGGUGGAGGCGGCGGCGCUGGAGAAGAUUGGAGGUUGUCUAUUGGAAGUCAUGGGUGGUGAAAUGAUUUUGGUUUAUUUUGUGUUUCGAAAAUGCCACUAUAAUGCGUGAUGUGAACGGUUUUUGCUUGCUAUUUAUUCUCUUUCGUCCGUGUUAGUGAUGUAAUAAAGAUAAUAAAACCAUAAACUCUUCGAUGUUCAAGCUUUUAUCAUAUGAAAUUGUUACAAUUUGUUA